AUGUCCUCAUCUCCGCCAGUGGCACCGCCACCCCGUCUCACGCCCCAAUUCUGCUUCAAUCAGACGGCACUGCGAGAUUUCUUACGCAUAUCUCGAUCCGCCAUCGACGACACCAUCACCCAAAACCUCAACGCUUUGGUCACGCCGAGCGCAAACCCUUUUGAUUCCUCAUCGACGACGAUGACGACGAUGGGCCGGCAUCAACGACCUAUGGGCCGGCGAGCAAUGAUAGACUCGACCACAUGUCAAACCUUUCAGGACCGGGUGCUUUUUCCUUCCUGGCAAAGUCGAUCCGAUGUGCUCAAUUAUUGUGCGGGCGUGGCAACUUCGCCUGAUCCGGACGACCCCGACCACAUGCUGAGAGAAACGGAAGAUGCUCGGGCUCGCGAACGCAUUGUCGAUGAGAGACUGGACCCGUAUAGUGCACGCUACUUUCCCCGGGACACAAGGACCGAGUCACUCGCUGGUCUGGUUCGCAACGAGAGAAUGGUGGAAACGAUCAUCCGGAGCAGGACGUGGAAUCUGGUUGGCGAGCGAUGUGAAAACGAGACAGCUGAUGCUGACAAGGCGCUGGAUGACUGGAGAAGAAGAAUGGGCACCUCACCCGACAAAAGUCCAUGAAUGAUCUAUCAUAAUGCCCCGAUACCACCCAAAAUUGUGCGAUGCAUCUUAUAAAAAAGCACGCCGCCAUCGUCCCACCGUUGCCGCACGGAGCCUGUCAAGGAAAAGCACAAAUCAACCUCAUAGUUUGACUCUCCGCCGAGUCCCCAUCCGUCCACUUCACCUCCUCAAAGCCAGCAUUUUUCAGACUCUUCUCCCAGAACUUCUCAUCAGCCAACGCGUGUACUCUUCCAUCAUCAAAUAGCCACCAACCUUCCAAUAAGCCAUACACGAGAUCAAACCAAUACAACGAUCUGGUAAACUCCACCAAGCAAAAUACCCCAUCCUCCAUCAACAAAUCUUUGAUGUUUGCACAUGAACGGCUGGCAUGUGGUGUAGCAUGAAUGCAGUUCGUUGCAAUAACCACGUCGAAUGUCCCCGAAAGAGAUGGAGGACAGGGAUUGUUGCAGUCCAGGGUGCCGAAAUGCAUGUUUGCUGCCACAGUCGACGGAAGACUGCGGAACUUGCGUUUCGCAGCCGAAACCAAUGCACCUGAAAUAUCUGUAAAGUGAUACUCAAAGUCGACAUUCAAAGACUGGAGAUGCUCUACAAGAUAGAGUGCUGUUCCUCCGGUCCCAGCUCCGACUUCGAGGACUCGGAAUGGUCGAGCUUUGCUCCCGCUCUCAGAGUCCGUGAAGGCCGAGACUUUUUUCUGUAGAUAAUCUCCGAGGAGGCGCGUGGUGGCCAGGCACAUCGGAGCGCUCUCGUACACGUCUGAGAGGGUCUGUUUGGCUGUUGGAUCCGCGAAAAGAAGACGAAGUGGGUCACAAGAUCCUGUGAGGCAGGUAGCGAGACGGGAAGCUGUGACGUGCAAAAGCUUGGUCUCUGAGGCGUGUUGGGGAUGGCGGUCGAGCAUUGCGGCGUAGAGUUCUGCGGACGGUCUGCCUGAGAGAGGUGUUGAUGUUCGGAAAUGGCUGUUGUUUCGAGUUUCGAGCAGUCGAGCAUCCGCGAGGAUCACAUGCAUACGUUCCAGCAAGUGUUGGUGCUUAGAUUCGACCUUCAUGGUCGAAAGUCUUUCCCCAGCAGAAAGGUCCCGCAGGUUGCAGCCAAGCUGUUCGAAUGCCUCAAUAACAUAUGCAACCACAAGCUCGCUCUGAUCGGGAUACACUUUGGACCAGAAGCCUACGAAACCAGUGUCGUUGGCAUAGUAAUCGAACGAUAGCUUCACACUUUCGAAUGCUCGAGAUGCAGUGACCACAUCUGGCUUGGCCAACUCGAUGGUGGACAGCAUGUGGACCGAAUCUGACCUGUUCCAAGGGCUCGCUUGACACUGCGAGGGCUGUGGUCGACUUGUUGUCGUGGGACCUGGCAACAUCACAUGGCCCGUCACGAGUCUCAACAGAUCAGCGAAGGUAGAUCGGUCGUCCAGCUCUUCCAUAUCAAUUUCCACGGAAAAUUGUCGUUUCACAUCGCUCGCAAUCUCAAUAGCAACCAGGGAGUCGAGACCAAGGUCCGCGAGGUUUUCUUCGCCGCUUAGCUGCAUGUUAUCAAGUUCCAAAUGUUCACAGAUGAGUAAGGAAAGUCUCCGUGAUACGUCAAUUGUCGGCGGGGGUGACUCAGAUGCUGGACUGGUAGGCUGGUAUGCUGAAGCCCAGGAUCCGGAUACUGUCAUCGUGACUGGUGAUGCAGAGGAGCUGCCACACUGAGUUCCCUGAUCAGAUUCCAAGUGCACGUCAUGGCUGCGUCCACAGCCACGGGACGUCAGGUACUUUGAUAGUGCCUCGACAUCUAUGAGCUCCAUCAGCUCGUCAAGAGGCAAGUCGAUUCUGAAGGUACUCGAAAGUUCACCGAUGACCUCCAUAAUCAUAAGGGAGUCGAGUCCAAGGCUUUCAAACUUGGAGUCUCCAUGGACUGUGGCAGGAUUGAUCUCUGCGAUGUCUUCAAGGAUGCGGACUAUCUCAGCUUGAACGACACUCUUGGGAUCUGGGCUAGAUCGAUGAUGGGGCACAGCCAAUUCCCUGACUGUACACUUGGCUUCGUCUGGUGCUGACUUGGCGGGCUGCAAGUUCAUGGGAGUCGUUGCAAUAACUUGCUGCCUGCGUGAAGUCGGUUCCUCGUUGGUGACCGGAGAGGGAAACUUUGUGGUUGCCGCUGGAUCCUCGAUGACUACAAACACUGCGCCUAGAAUGUAAAGUACCAUUCUCCCAGUGGCAGCUUCAUAGACAAAAAUGUCGCUCGCAACGCUUCCAGUACUAGGCGUAGCGUAUGCCAGCACAUCAUAUACAGCCUCCGAAAAUCCCUCUUCACGAAGCGGCCGAUAGCUGGGGCCUGUUCUCACGACAUCUAUACUGGCCAAUUUCGAGAUAGAGCCUGCCGGAGAGUCACACAUGAAGUUCGCAUAAAUGCCUGCAACUUGCGUAAAGUAGUUGCAGAAUGCGGUGUUGAUUAUACUGGCAUCGUGCAGAUGGUUUCCGAGUGCCUUUGGCAGCACAACCUUGGCUGCAAUCUGGUUGCCCCUCGUGGCCAAGCUGCGCACUCCCCGAUAACUUUCGGCAUAAUCCACUAGUGACGACAGUAGUUUGUAAACCAUCGUUCCCUGGAGAGACUCGAUGGGAUCUGAGCGAAUCGCGGCAAUGUUGCUUCUGCUAGCGAGCAUCUCGAAACGCGUAAAAUCUUUUUCCAACUCUUGGUUUUGCUUUUGCAGGCUUACAGUCCCCGAUGCAUGGUGGAGUGUCUUGUGGUUGGCAUGCAUAGAGAAUAUGGUGAAUUUCCACGAUGUUCCCAUUGCCUCUAGCAGGAGUUUGACGCUGCCUUCGACAUUGAGCCUCAUAGAAGUUCCGAUCCUCAGACCAGUGACCUCGGGCAAAACGCUGUCGAGGCCGUUGUGCCCGGUAAGCAGAGCGGCUCUCGCAGCAAUGUCAAUGUAGAUCGAAGGCGGGCAAGAAGACGUUCCCAACACAUUGUGUCCUUUGGCUAUGCUCUGGUAUUCUUGACUCGAUGGGUUGAUAAUGAAAUGGUGGCCCUGCAUGUCUGACCUUUCUAGGCUAAUGAGUGUGGCCGGUAAUGCAGGCGGCAGCAUCGGCUCACACGACUGUGUGUUGGGCGUCUCAGGUCUGUGCACGACAAGAUCCAGCCAGUGUCUGUGCUUAUCAAACGCAUACGGCGGCAGCCUCAGCACCUCGUAAUCGGCUUGCUGGCUGUGGUGGAAAUUCCAGUAUUGUAACCUAUGUCCACGGUUCCACAAGUUGAUCGUGACAUCCGUCAACUGCUCCAACGAUGUGGUCUUGUUCAGGGCUGUAGGUACAAAUUUGCUCCCAUCUGUAGCUCCUACAAUGCGCGCUGUCAGCCCAAUGACAGUGGAGUUUGACCCUGCUUCCAGCCAUGUACAGGGUCCCAGUCUAUCGUGGACGCGCUGCACCGCCUGUUUGAAGUAGACAGGGUCUCUAGUGUGGGCCGCGAUGAGCUUCGCAGUAGGUCGCUCCCAAGCACUGUUGGGAGAACAGCUCUCCAAAUGAAUCUCCGGUGGAUGGAUCUCAAGUGAUUCUGCAAGUCGCUCAAGGUGGGGAAAUAGAGCAUCGGUGAAGCGCGAGUGGAAGCCGUAUUGCAGAGCAAGCUGCUUGUGGCGAACAGCACGCUUACUUGCCUCUUCGAUUAGUACUGCCGCUGAUGCUCGAUCACUGACUACAACGUGACACUUGGGUCCGUUGUAGCAGGCGACCUCAUACUGAAGAUUAGGGUCCCGCUCUUGGAGUGCUGUGAUGAUCUCGUGUGUGGUGCUUUCAGCAGCAUCGAGUACGACCAUGGAGCCAGGCUCGGCGCCCCAGUACUUCAGCAUCAGUGCAGCUCUACCCGCAAUGAACUUGAGACCGUCUCGUAGUGAUAGAACCCCAGAGACGCUCAGCGCUGUGAUUUGACCAAGACUAUGCCCCACGAGUGCGUCAAUCUUGAGACCAGAGUCUAUCCAGGAUUGCGCACAAGCAUACUGCAUCGCGAAGAGUAUCGAGUUGUGUGCAAUCACGUUUGUGACCGGUUCCGUCUGAAAGAUGUACGGGUAGAUGCCUGGGUAGCCCAUUUCGCAAAGCAACUCAUGGCAGCGGUCUAAAUGGGACCGUAGCAGUGCAGAUACUUGCCACACACGGCGGUCCAGAGCAAUAGCAUCCGCACCCUGUCCUCCAAAGCAUAAUACCAGAGGCGGCUCUUUGGGCGUCUCGAUGACACUGUGGAUGUCCAUACACCGUUUCCUGAGAUGGGACUGCAGCUGUC